AUGGGUCGUUUAUUCAUCGAGCAUUUAGGUGGCGAAAGGGUGUUUGUUUGUCAUUGCCAUACCCCGCUUACUAACAGAGAUGAAUUACUAAGUACGCGAUUUACUGGAUCAACUGGGCGCGCGUUCCUUUUUCACCGUGUUGUGAAUGUUACCUUCAGUGAAAUUCAGGACCGUGUUAUGAUAACUGGUCGCCAUCUAGUACGCGACGUCCUCUGCAUAAACUGUGGCAAUAAAUUAGGGUGGAUGUAUGAGUACGCUAUGGAGGAAAGUCAGCGGUACAAAGAAGGGAAGGUGAUUCUCGAAGAAGCACUGAUUUUUGAAGUGAAGGAGUACGCCGAUCCUCUCUCUGAAGACGAAGAACUUUUCGCUCCCCCACAGGGAUGUCGUCCGUUCAGUCGAACAUAUGCGCUUGUCAAGUUGGAGAUGCUGUCGUUGCUGCUGCCUGUGUAUUUGGCAAUAAUUCCUUUUGUUUUCGCUGAAACGGCUCUAAACUGGACUGUUUAUCAUUCAAACUCGGAAAUUGGGUCAAUUCUAAGGGAUAUUAACAGAAAAUGCGAUAACAUAUCCUUCUUCUAUCAUCUACGGGCAAUGAAUUCCGACGUAACCGUAAAUAAUAACAAACUCUACGUUUUGACAUUUGGAAAAUCACCUUAUUAUCACAAAACAGGUAUUCCAGAAGUUAAGCUUAUUGGUAACAUGCAUGGAAAUGAGGUAGUUGGUCGUGAACUUCUUCUCCGCUUGGCCGAUUAUAUUUGCACUCAUUACCUCAAUGGUGACGAUUUUAUAAACUGGCUUUUGGAACAUACACGAAUUCACAUCUUGCCAUCAAUGAACCCGGAUGGUUUUGAUUUAGCAGUGCCAGGUAAUGAUAAGAAAAACACAGGUCGAAGAAACGCGAAUGGUGUUGACUUGAACAGGAAUUUUCCUGACUCGGAUCGCCUUCAUUACCAAUGGAACGUGAAAGACCGAGACGAACGGUUCGAGAUUCUCAGCGAUUAUUAUAGAGCACCAAAGGCAGAAAUCGAAACGGAGAUGGUGGAGAGGUGGCUCCGUGAAAUACCGUUUGUUCUUUCUGCAAACAUACAUGGAGGAGCAUUAGUAGCAAAUUAUCCAUUUGAUGGUACCAUCGAUGGACGGAGACGAAAAUCAUUGACUCCUGAUAAUGAUGUUUUUGUGAAUUUGGCCGAGGCUUAUUCCAGCUACCAUCCACGAAUGAAGACCGGCGAGGUCAUCUGUACCGGUGACCAUUCCUUUCCUGGUGGAAUUACAAAUGGAGCAAACUGGUAUCCUGUCAAGAGUGGCAUGCAAGAUUACAACUACUUGGAGACAAAUUGUUUUGAGAUAACUCUCGAAUUGGGCUGUGACAAGUACCCUCCAGCGAAAGAUCUGCCUCACUAUUGGAAUGAAAACAAGAAGGCUUUGCUCAACUUUGUCCUUCAGGCUCACUCAGGAAUCAAGGGCCUCACUUUAGGCUACAAAAAUCACAAGGUCACACCUCUUCCUGAUUCAGUCAUUUUGGUGAUGAAUAUUACUGACUCGAAUCACCCAAAAAUAAUCGACCAUGCCAUUUUUUCAAAUAGUAAAGCCGAUUAUUUCCGACUUUUGACGGGUGGAAAAUACUUCGUUGCUGCCAUCCAUCCGGGUUAUGCUUCCGCCUUCUGGGUGACUGACGUGCCGACGGCGCCCGACCUUGACAGAGGCGACUACCACGAAGCAAAGAAAAUGAGCUUCCUUCUUGUUAGUGGAGAUUCUAAUCAAGGCACAGAUUUGAAUGACGAAGUGGACUUCAUCACCCACCGCUACGUAAAGAAGGGGUACCUGCGGACAUCAUCUACCUUGGGGCGGGAGGAAACUAAGUGGUUGCCAAUGUUUCUUCAAUUGUUCCGAAACACGGAUGUCUACCUGUCGAUGAAGUAUGAGGGACUUUUUGAUCCAUUUCUACCUCUCAAAGAUAUGUUCGACAUACCCUAUCUGUAG